AUGAACAACGACAUUACCGGUAAUGCUGCGAACGCUACGACCGCUCCAGCUUCUACCGUUUCUUUCGACACCACCAGCUCGAACGUGGUUGAUACAGAAGCCGGAUCGGAACAAUCUACAAAGAGAAGACGACAUGGUGGGGGGACUCCCAAGACUCGUUGUGGAAGAUGUACAAAGAAACAUUUAAGAUGCGAUCCAACAAGUCAUGAUGGCGCCUCGUCGUGUACUCCUUGUGAUUUAGCGAGGGAGCCCUGCAGUUUCUGUCCGGAGGAGUUCAAAGAGGUUUUGGCAAAGUGGCAGAGAGAAAAUGCCCCGGCUAAAGUGAAGAAGACAAGAAGCUCAAAAGCUUGUGAUGAAUGUUAUACAGAUAGUAAUCAUCCCAAUCGUGAAUUUCCUCCAGAUGGAAGCUCAACAUGUACUCGCUGUUCCAAAAAGGGACGACCUUGUACCUUCCAGAUCAAACGUCAGAGAGGUACUUGGGAUGAGUUGAUGGGCUGUCCAGCAGAUGUCUCAGCAACUCAAAGCUCUACGGCGAUUGCGGGAAACCGAAAUACUGAAGAAAUAGGGCCGAUGGACCUGUCCACGUACGACUCAGGAGCUGUAUCCCAGUUGACUGAAUGGAAAACCAUGCCCGAGUCGUGGCCCACAAACGACUGUCAAGGACAGCUCGAUACGUUUCUCAAUCCCAGUCUUAGUGGUUCUACCUUACCUUGCAACCCUGUCGACUCUAGUAUCCCAGAUGAUGAUUUGUUCGACGGUUUUGAUGAGGAUGACAUGGAUACAUACAUGAUAUGA